AUGCUACUCUAUGUGUUUAUCUUCACAGUUAAUGUCGCCAUUAACAAACCAGCAUACCAACAGUACCCCGUAAGAGGUGAAGAAAGAUAUGAAGCCGGUAAGGCUGUAGACGGACGUAAAUCUGAUCUGAGUUCGUGGGGAGGUCAGUGUGCUGCAUCAGAGAGUUACAAACGUACCGCCACCUGGUGGGUUAACCUGAUCAGCAUUCACAGCAUCCAUCACAUCACCAUUUACUUCUUGACAAGUAAUAAACAAUGGGGUCCUUCUAACUGGCGAACAAAAUACUAUCUUGGAUUUUCAGUUUACGUCUCCAAUACAGCAGACAAACUACAGGGAACACUGUGUUACAAGGACAACAACUUUACACUAGACACCAUACCUGCUGUCUUCACCACCACCUGUCCUGUGCAUGGACAGUACGUCAUCUACUACAACGAGAGACUACCUGGAGUUACCUACCCUGACGAGUACUCUGAUUAUGUUACCAGUAAUCUCUGUGAAGUGGAGGUGUAUGGUGAGUGACCAUAAUUAUUCCAUUAAAUAAACAAAACAAAAUUGGUAACUGUUAUUUAAACAACACUUUUAAAGUUGACUAACUUUAGUAUCAACAUGGUAUACUAUGUUUUGAUGGAUUUGGAAAUGUGUUUGAUUCAAUUGAGUGACGAUAAGUAUCACAAACAAAACUAUAAAGAAUCAAAUCAUACGAUUGAUAAUUGUUUUAUUCCUGUCAAUUUUACCUUCACACA